CACAAUCACGUGAUUUACUAUCAAAAUGGCUGGAUUCACUGAAGGAGUUGAGUCGAUUCCCCACAUAACAGAGAGAGCAAAGACGGGAGGCGCCCUGCCACUCAAGUACGAGUUCUCCCGUCCUUUCUUUCUGGAACUGACGAAGGAGCAAUUUGACACAUCCAAAGACCACGGGCAGAGAUUAGUCCUAACUCCAUCAAAUUAUUCCAAGAUGCCUUGGCAGGCUGGCUAUGCUGAGGCCAUCAAUUCUGGGAAGAGCAUUUACGUCAAUGAGGACCAGGCCUCGGUCCAUGUCUCUGCUCUCUGUCUUCAUGAUUCUGAGAAGGACACGUCCAUAACGCUACCAUACGUCAUGUUUGGGAUUUUCGAUGGUCACGCUGGUACGGGGGCGGCUACCAUGGCAACGCACAAUCUGCACAAACACAUGAAAGAGAAACUGAAUGGGAUCAAGCACUUCCUUGUGCAGGACUCGGCUGAAGUGAUAGCCGAAGACGACCCAGGUCUAGGCUGUAUCACGGAGCCGAUCCCAAAGGAAUUACUAGUAAUUGGUGCAUUAGAGGAAGCUUUUGUAGUUAUGGACGAGCAAAUAAGAGCAGAGAGGAACACGUACCUUAUAAAAGGAGGAUGCACAGCCAUAGUGUCCUUAUUCCUACAGAAUAAACUGUACAUAGCCAAUGCAGGGGACUGUAGGGCCAUCCUCCUGUUGGAUCAUUGCUCUAGGAUACAUCCUCUAUCCACUGAUUUCACACCUGAGACCGACAGACAACGACUUCAGAAGCUAGCCUACCUUCAGCCUCAGCUUUUAGGCAGAUACUUUGGACGGCUAGAGUACCAAAGGAGGCUUAGGAAGAAGGAUAUUGGACAGAGGGUUCUGUAUCGCGACAGACAAAUGACUGGCUGGGCCUAUCGCACUGUUAACGAAGAAGAUGUGAAUCAAGUACCUAUGAUUAUUGGCCACGGGAAGAGAGCAAGACUAAUGGCCACUAUUGGUACCACUAGAGGAUUUGGUGAUCACGAUCUUGAAGCACCUGGCGGCCAAUUCAUAAAACCUUUACUAACGCCAGUCCCUGAAGUAAGAGUUUGGGAUCUUAACAGCUAUGAGCAUCAGUAUGAUGAUAUACUAAUAGUAGCAUCUGACGGACUUUGGGAGAGACUCACCAACGAAGAAGCACUGGAGAUAGUGAAGGAACUAGCAGAAGUGACUCCUCGUGAUGACAAGUAUUAUACCACGAUAGCUAGGGAGCUGGUCCUUGCUGCUAGGGGCCAGUUUGGCAAGAAAGGUUGGAGGACAGCUAAAGAACAGAGCGCUAGCUGCGAUGACAUUUCCUGCUUUGUUGUCCCUCUCCAUACUUAUGCCACUUCGCCUAGUCCUGGUUGUCUUGGUGAAGAGGACAUGAUGGGAGGCGACUCCAUUGAUCCUGUAAGAUAUGGGUCUGGUGCAGAUUCCAACGAUAUCCACAGUGUACAAUAAUAGUUAUAGUAUUAUUAAUAAUAACUGACACUGCUUCAAUACUGAGUGAGUGUGUACGUACGUGUGUAUAUUAUCUCUUAUGUGUUUUAUAAUUUUUAAUAUAAGGCGUGAUUUUAAAGGAUACUCUUUUAAUUACAAUCGUUUUACAAUGAUGAUUCUUGAUGUUUAAGUA